AACCUAAAUAUGAACAAUUACGUGAUGACGUAGAAGCACGACGUCGUCCCACAGCACCAGGAUCAACACACAAACGCCGAUUGACUCAGAGCGAAGAAGGACUCACAGCCGGAGAACCAGCCGCAGCCAGUUCAUAUGAUAAGAAGAUUUAGACACACCAAAUACUGUGAGAUGCUCGUGUAGCUGCAGUUUUCACGUUGCUGAUAUCAACGACGGUGAUACAAGUAAAGAUAAAAUCCACCCGGAGAACCCCGUCACUCGGGGUUAAACACUUCAUCCCUGCCAGAACCAAUUGGGCAAGGAGACAAUAAAGAAAGAAUGGAGACCCUGCACUCCCACUGCUUUAAAUGCAUCAACAGAAGAUGCAUGGCGAGGCCAGAGGCAGGCGUUUGCUGCGACCUCAUGGGCUGUCCUCUAGUCUGUGGGGCAGUUUUUCACUCAUGCAAACUAGAGGAACACCGUCUACUGUGUCCAUAUGAAAGGCUGCCGUGCCUUAACAGCGGGUUCGGUUGCCCAUUCACCAUCCCAAGGAUCAAGAUGGCACAACACCUUGAAACGUGCCCAGCGAGUAUAGUAUGUUGCACUAUGGAGUGGAAUCGGUGGCCCGUGAGCUACGCUGAUCGCAAGUCCUAUGAAAACUUGAGCAAAGACUUUGAUGAGGUGGAGCAGCUAGACAUGGCUUUGGCUCUCCAGGAUCAGAGGAUGUUGUUGGAGUCCUUGAAGGUCACAACCACCGUGUCAAAGAAUGGAGAUAAGGAAGCAGAUGAAAGUGACAAAAUGGCCACAGCAUCAAGUCUACCGGAGACAGUGUUAGGUAAUGUAACAGUGGAAAUGGAAGAAGAGCCCUACAAUGGGUUGUAUAGAGCCUCGGUGGAGACGAGCAGAAGUUUAGCAGCAGCCUUGGACAUCCUCACAAAUUCCAAGGAUAUUGAUGUAAUUGUUGGAAAUUUGAAUGGGGAAAAGACUGAUAAGAAUGGAGCAAUCCACAAUGGAGAAAAUGGUGAUAGUCGUAAUGUUUAUGCCGCAGAUGGAGGGAAGAAUGUAGACAUGCAGGAGAGUGAUUCUGAUUCAGACUGUGAGCUCGGAGCAGUGGGUGGAGUGGACUGUGCAGUCGGGACAGACAGAGAAGAAGAUGGUAUUAGCUGGGAAGAAGAAAAUGAUUUUGUAGAGAUAUUUUUUGAAGAGAAGGAUCAAAUUAUCGAGGAGCCAAUAGAUGAUUCCAACCGUGUCUGGCCAGAGAUGCCUCCGCAUUACAUGCCUGUUUUAGCGCUGGAACCUCUUGUGCCCCAACAGGCACCAGAUCCAAUACCAAUGCCAUUCCUGCUGUCUGAUCACAUAAGAAAUGACUUCUUCCAACACUUACCCAGUGAACUCAGGUAUAGAUGUUUGGAGCGAAAACUACAGAGUGUAGAAAUGCUGAGAGGAAUGAGCAUGUUUACAUUUAAUGGACGUCGGGCUCUGCUGUCAGACCCUUACUUGUUUCGAGCAAAGAUGGAGGACAAGGCAGUAGACACAUCUGACCUGGAGGUGGCAGACGACCCCAUGGGCCUCCACGGCAUUGAUCUCAUCACUGCAGCUUUGCUCUUUUGCCUUGGGGACUCUCCAGGAGGCCGAGGAAUCUCAGACAGCAGGUUUGUCGAUGGCUACCACAUCGACUUUGGAACACAGACAUUCUCCUUCCCUUCAGCCAUUCUUGCAACCAACACUAUGGUGGGAGAUAUCGCUUCAGCCUCGGCCUGCGAUCACGCCAGCCCACAGCUGUCCAAUCCAAGCCCCUUCCACACUCUCAGACUAGACCUGGUGCUCGAAUGUGUGGCUCGAUACCAAACAAAGCAGCGCUCCAUGUUCACAUUUGUGUGUGGGCAGCUGUUCCGGCGGGACGAGUUCUCGUCUCAUUUCAAAAAUGUUCACGGGGAUAUUCACGCCGGACUCAAUGGCUGGAUGGAGCAACGCUGCCCCUUGGCCUACUAUGGCUGCACCUACUCCCAAAGACGAUUCUGCCCCUCUGUACAGGGUUUCAGAAUCAUCCACGACAGGCACCUCGGCUCGUUUGGGGUUCAGCCUGGUUUGCCCUUAAAAGGUGGGGCCAACCUCCCAAGAAAAAAUUUCCGCUUUGGUUCUCGAAGCGAUCAAUUCAGUAACCUUCCAUUUGAGGUGUUGCAACAUGUAGCAAGCUUCCUGGACAGCUUCAGCUUGUGCCAACUGUCCAGAGUGUCCCGCACCAUGAGGGAGGUGUGCGGUAGUCUGCUCCAGAUGCGUGGCAUGGUCGUCCUGCUGUGGGAGAAGAAACAGCGUGCUGAUGGGUCUCUGUCAUGGCAGAUCACAGACAAGGUGUGGCGAUUCAGCACUGCUUUCGGUACAGUGAAUGAGUGGAAGUUUGCCAACAUCGCCAGCAUGGCCGACCACCUCAAGAAGUGCAAGUUCAACACGAUCUCUCGGCGGGAAGAGGCGAUUCCUCUGCCAUGCAUGUGUUUCACCAGAGAGCUCACGAAAGAGGGAAGGUGUUUACGCUCAGUUCUCAAACCAGUAGCAUAAGAUGACGUCAUCUUCUGGACUUUUCUGAGACCAUUAGAACUCAAAUACACAAGUAUUUUCCUCCAGUGUUUACAGACAUUAGUCUCUUCCAGCCUCAAAAAUAUAACUCCUGUUUGCAAUACAAGGUUAUUAAAGGUUGUUUUUUUUCUUAACAAUCGCAAUAGCCUUCACUCCACUAAAUAAGACAAAGCCAGUAGCGGGCCGAUUUAUACUUCAGCAGAGGCUGACAAGCUGCGAUCUCACAUCGGGACUGUAAACAAGCAAAUUCAAUUGCUCACCUUCCACUCUGAUGGAUUUAUUACUACCACUGUACUGAAGCCGUACCCUUAUCUGCUCUGACAUUGUGUAAAUAACCAGAUGUUUUGAUGUAGAAUUUUUUAUUUUUUAUAUCAAAAAGUCAGUACUGUGCUACAAUGGAGGUAAGAGUGCAGCCUUAACUUAUGACGCACUUGAUUUUUUUAGUCAUGAGGUCAUUCAGAACAUCUCAGUGAGAUUUCUCUGCUGCGUCAGGCUACCAGUAUCUUGCACAGUUUUCUAUCUUCUCCUGAUACCUAGAGUGACCACGUGUGUGCUGCUUAGAGCUCAUAGAUUUCAUGGCUUUAAAUUCUACAUUAUAAGACUGACCAAACAUCUGUGGUAGCGGUGCACAAUGUAUGCCACUUAGUCAUACUAUAUUCACUGUGAGUUCUUGUUCACCAUCAUCAUGUGUGGUGUGUAAAUGUAGCGGGUUUUGUGGUGUGGCACAUUAUAGCCGAAACAAAGGUGGUCCAUCUUCCUCUUCUCUUAUCUCACCUCUGACUAAUGGGCUGGCAUGUUAGUCAGGUGAGAGAUGAAAUGAUACUAUUUACCUGCCAAACGGCAGUAGGUUUUUAGCUGCGGUUGGUUUGUGGAUUGUUUGUUCUACCAGCUACUUUAAUGGAUAGUUUGGAUUUUUUGAAGUGUUGUUGUAUGAGCUACUUAUCCAAAAUCAGUGCAUUACCUACAGUAGAUGGUAGUCGGCAUGCUCCCAGUGUGGAGAAGCAGGAAAGGAGUAACAGCAGAGACACUCCAUACUGCUGUGGAUAGAGGCAGCAGCAAAGCAUAUUUUAGUCACCUAAAAAGAAAGAAAAAAAACAAUAAUUUUUAAGGUUUUGUGAGGGAAUUUAAAGCAGUAUCCAAAGCCACCAGUCUCCUUUGACAAAAACUGUAAUUUUACCUCACAGAACAUGAGUUGCUGGUCUACCAUUGCCUUGAUUGGUUUGGGUUAUUGUGUGAUCUUGAUGCUUUAAAAUGGUUAGUUAAAAUUCAUCAGAGUCACACAGUAAGAAACAAACUAAAUGGUUGAGGCA